UUGGAGGAGGAAGUGAAAGGGGAACAGAGAAGCUGGGGAUAGCAGGUAGAUAGCUCGCUGGCAGAUAACCCUUCCAGAAAAGUGCCAAAUUAACGCACCACUUGUCCAGAAUUUGCAUCGUCAUUUGACUACCGUUUUUUAAAAGUUGCGCUCGCAAAGGGAGACUCAUUUUCUACUAAUUCAAAACGAGACAUUGCCAAAUUAACUCUAGCUAACGAAGUCAGUGCCAGUGAGCUAGCUAGCUAACGUAACGCCUAGUUAGCCACAGACGCUAACUGUCCUGAACAAUAACAGCUGGUUUGCUCGCAGCCAGGUCUGUCCCCGUCAAGAAGUCGGUGCUCCGGUGUGUUACAGGUUGAAGCUGCUGUGGAAAAAUGACAUCCAGGAAGAAAGUGCUUUUGAAAGUCAUCAUCCUGGGAGAUUCUGGUGUUGGAAAGACCUCCCUAAUGAACCAGUAUGUGAACAAGAAGUUUAGUAACCAGUACAAAGCUACAAUAGGAGCGGACUUCCUGACUAAGGAGGUGAUGGUGGACGACCGGCUUGUGACGAUGCAGAUCUGGGACACUGCUGGCCAGGAGAGGUUUCAGUCUCUGGGAGUUGCGUUCUACCGUGGAGCAGAUUGCUGUGUGCUGGUGUUUGAUGUGACUGCACCCAACACCUUCAAGACGCUCGACAGCUGGAGGGAUGAGUUCCUGAUCCAGGCCAGCCCUCGAGAUCCUGAGAACUUCCCCUUUGUGGUGCUAGGCAACAAGAUUGACCUGGAGAACAGACAGGUAACUACCAAAAGGGCUCAGGCUUGGUGUCUGAGUAAGAAUAACAUCCCGUACUUUGAGACCAGUGCCAAAGAAGCUAUCAAUGUAGAACAGGCAUUCCAGACAAUUGCACGUAACGCCCUCAAACAGGAGACAGAGGUGGAGUUGUAUAAUGAAUUCCCAGAGCCCAUAAAACUGGAUAGGAACGACAGAGCUAAACCUUCAGCAGAAAGCUGCAGCUGCUGAGGGACAACUCGGACCAUCUUCUCUCUCGGCCAUUUCUGAAACACCGGUUACAUCACCUGCACCUCGCUCCCAGGGAAAGGACUUCCCUUCUGGUCUUCCUCCUUCACGCCACUUUUCAUUCCAUCCACACUGCCCCUCACGCAGCGCACUGCACAUGGAUGUAUACGCCCCCACACGAAAAAACACACUUUACACACAAAUUGAUACACUAGUGUACUCUAAGAAAUUUUGCUGACGAAUCCUGUGCCCAAAGAUCACACAUGAGAAGAAUAACACCCUUCUGACCUGGCAGUCCCUGACUUGAUCAUGUGUGAUCUUCUCGCCCCUUCCACCCACUUUUCAGACUGUGGCCCCUGUGUCUCACACUGAGGGGGUGAGAUGGAGCCACAUUCAAAGAGGGCAAUGGGGAACUCUACAUGGACUGGCUGAUGUUCUGUAUUGUGAGAUGAUGUUGGCUAAUGUCAGCAUCCCAAGAAUCUUGUUCUCUCUUUCUGCUUCCUCUUUGCUUUCUUUUGCCUUUGUGUCAAAAAUAAUCAAGUUGAACUAUAUAUAUAAAUAUAUUUUAAUUGGCUGGUGUUAUUUUUCAAGCCAAUCUGAAACACACUUUUGUUUUUGGUUUUUUUGCACUUUCUUUGUAUGUUUUUGCCUUUAAAUGUUGUAGAGGGAUGACUGAUUUUGGACAACGUCUGCUAGCACAUGCCUUUCUGUAGGCGUCAGAUCUCCCCCCACUUUUCCCCAUCAAAUAUCCCCUUGAGAAUCUGUCGAACACUUUGGUGAUUGUACUGCCUUUUCCCUCCAAGGUUGCGUUAAGGGGUUUAUAAUUGCCUCACACUGCAGAAGAAAAGUUCCUAAGUAGACAAGCCGAUAACGCAGCCACAGUGUAAAGCAAGGAUCAAUUCCUCAAUAUAUUAAUAUUUGCCUUUUAUGUAACAUUAAUUGUACUGCUACUAUUACUGCUGUAUGUGUUCUGUCCUUCAUCAGACAUCUUUCAGUGCUGUGUAUUUACAGUAUAUGUCAACAACACAGCAAACACCUGUCUUCUGUCAGUUCUAUGUUAUUGCUGUUCUCUCUAUCUGCUUGUAGCUCAGGUUGGCUAAGUACUUAAUAUUUUUAACGGAUUGUGCAUUACAGUGUAUAGAUGGUAAAGGUAAAUGGCAGGCGGAUUAAACCGAAAUGGAUGGUCUCUCUUUCCAUUUAAAGAAAAAUCCAACUUUUUGCCCUGGUAUUACUCUUUCUCCUUAUAGAAAAAAAUCACUGCGAUGCCAAUGAUGUUGUCAAAGAAACUGGGACGUCAAAUAAAACUCUUGAAUAUAUAAAAUAA